GCUCCAAAUAGUCGUUGCUAACCGCUUCGGUACUGCUUGUAAAGAAAACGCGUUCAGGAAGACGACGAGGCGCUCCUUUACAGAGCAAUUGCAAUGCCCUAGCCCUCCUUAUUUGCUUAGGCUCGCUUCUGUAAGAUACAUUUCCACCGAGUGGGGCUCGUCUCCAUGGUCUCUUCUCAGGCGCCGCCCUCUAGGCGGCGCCUGUGGGCAUCAAUAUUCGUAGCUUUUUAUGUCAUAAUAGCCCUGCCGGUGUGGUACCGCAGCGUGCGGCUUCCCCGCGCCCCCCUGCCGCUGCCCCUCCUGGAGCAGCUGGAGGCGGCCACCGCCGCCGCUGCUCCACCGGGUGGUAGGACCGGGGCCGCGGUGCUGCUGCCCGUCACCGUCACCGCCUACGUGGUGUGCCCAGCCUCCAGCCCCGGCGGCUGCCCCGCGCCCUCCGAGCUGCCCCUGCUGGCGGAGCUGCUGGGGGCCGCAGUGCUGCGGGAGGCGGGGCUGGGGGGGCCGGGACGGGAGCAGGUCCCCCUACACGUGCGGGUGAUGUUGGACGCCCCGGGCCGCUGCUCCGCCUCCUCAUGGAGCGCCCCGAGCCGGGAAGCAGCAGAUGCAGCAGGAGGAGCAGGAGGAGGAGAGGGAGGAGGGCCCCAGGCAGCCGGGAGUCAGCGGCAGCGGCAGCAACCCGCUACCCAGCAGCCGCCCCAGCCCCCCCAGCAGGCUAGGCUGGCGGGAGGCGGGGUGGGCUGUCUGGACCUGGCCGCACCUGCCUCCGCGGCGGCGCUGCGGGUGGUGAUGGGGGCGGAGGCGCGGGAGUUCGACGACUGGGCGGCGGGGCAGCUGGCGGGGCAAGACAGGCCUGGCAACUACCACCUGUUCAUUAGUCCGGAUCCCUGGAUGUCGCCAAACGGUCUGCCGUACGGUGUGAUGGGUCGGCGCCGUACCGCGCUGGUUCGUCACCCUUCGGGCCUGAAAGCGACCCAUGGGUCAGUGAUCCGACUUGCGGCGCUGCUGGCGGCGCCUGCCUUUGCAUCCUACCUGGGAGGUUCUCUGCCCUUCGGCGGACCGGGCUCCUCCGAUGGCUCCUCCACUCCGCCUCCGCCUCCGCUGCCCCUCAACCCAGCUGCUCAGCUGCACCUCUCCUUCAGCCUCUGCAACGCACACCCCGCUCCCACUUCCCAGCAUGACAGCACCGCUCCAGACGUCGCCUCUAAGGCAGCACCGGCAGCAGCAGCAGCAUCCGGCAGCAGGAGUGGAGAGAGGGGUGGCGGCGCUGCUGCUGCUGCGGCGUUUGUUUGGUCGUUUGCGACGUUUGAGGCUCAGUACAUAGCCCCGGUCAAGCAGCUGUUGUCGCCCGCAGCCCGGCUCACCGUGUCUAGCCAGGUGCUGUACUUCACCCCCGGCCGAGUCAACGCCACAUGGGACGAGCACCGCCUCUCCUUCGUACUGCCGUACCACCAGCUUCCUUCCUUCAUCGACAGCGCCUGGCCUCUGGAUCCAGGUCGUACAGGGCUGCCCGCCUCAGCCGCCGGCGGAGGCGAAGUGCCGUACGACGUCGCUGCCGCCGCCACCCCCGCCGGAUCCCGCGUCAUCUCCAUCGGCGAAGCCAUGGUGCUGCUGACACCGCCGUUGCAGGCCCGCGUCGGAGGGCGUGGUGGCGGCGGCGCCGCCGCCGCCGCCGCGGCGGCGGCAGCUGCGCUGCCGUACUUGUUGCCGCCGUCGGCGGCGGAGUCGCUUCCGCCAUCGGUGCUUCACUUUGUGCUGUACGCGCCGCAGCCUUGGCAGCGGCCGCUGUUGCUACUGGGGCCUGAGGGGGAGCGGGCGCCCGCCAACUCUCUUUGGGUGCCGGGUUGGGGCAUGUUGCAGGUCUUGAACCAGGUACCCCCAGCGGACGCACUGGUGGCUCCCGUGGGCCAGCAAGCCAUGGAGGAAUUCGCAGUGGAGUUCCUGACCCAACUGCGGUCACUGCUGGGCCUGGCAGCCGCCCGCAGCCGCUUGCUAGCACUCGGCAACACAGCGGCGGCGGCAGCUGGCAGCAGCAGCAGCAGCGGCGACAAGACGGCAAUCUCAGCCACCAACCGCGAUAACAACAACAAUGACAACAGCAACAGCAGCAGCAACAACAACAGCAGCACUAGCAGUAGUCAUUCGGAAGCAGUGGGUCCUGUCACGCUGCUCUCCGCGUUGCGUACCGGUCUGGCUCCCUGGGAGGUGGACGCGCUGGUGCGGCGGAGGGUGGCGGAGGACGUGCGAGCGGCCGGAGCGACCCUUGGGUCACUCGCGCGGCUGCUGCGGCAGAUGCCUACACUGGCGGUUCCGCAGCAUGUGGGGUCGCGAGUGCGCGGCGCGGCGGCGGCGCUGCAGCGAGCGAUGCGGCUGGCGGCGGAGGGACGGUACCAGGAGACGUCACGAGCCGCCCAGGAAGCACGCGCCUGGUCCGAGGCGGCCUUCUCCGACCCCUCGCUGUCGCCGCGGCUCAAUGUGCCCGACACGCACGCAGUGGGCGUGUACCUGCCCUUCUGCCUGCCCGCUGCAGUGCCCAUCCUGCAGGCGCUGAGUUCAGAGCUGCGCAAGUGGUGGCGUGAGCGAGGGAAGGGCAGCGGAAGAGGGAAAGGAGCGGG